GCCAUCCCAGAUGUGUAUGACUUUUUUUUUAUAUAUAUCCAUUGAUCUGAGCUUUGUCAUUUAGCUAGGCUGGCUGGGCACAUUCCUGUAUGCUACUCUAUUCACUGAAAAGGUACAAUGAAAUGAAACAUUUUAAUUAAGCAAUGUCACAUGAGCAAUCAUGCUGCUGUACUGAAUUUACUGAAGUUAAUAUCAAGUAAAUGAAACAUCUUUAUCCUCGCUUACAUGUGAUAAGUCAAACCAAUCGGCUUACAUAGUGUUAACUGAUAGGUCCUUUGACGUGUAUUUGGGUAGCUAAUAAACUUGCGUACUAACUAUUUGCCUAACAUUUCAAUUUGCACAGUUUGUAAAAAAGCUGGUUUAACUGCAGGUCGCUUGUGAGAGUUUUUUCUGAAAAUAAUAUUUGCUUAGGUGGUUGCUGGGGCUUUUUCUUCCAUCAGCUUGCACGGUCAGGUAUGCUUUUGGCCCUGACACAUAGAAACGCUUCUUUAUCAAGGUAAGCUGUAGCGAAAUCAUGCACUGGCAUUUCGCUAUGUUAAUUCUUUUUUUUUUAAAUAAAGCCACACAUAGCUAGGCUAAGUCUCUAGUUAAAUAAGCUCUGGGCUUUCCUGGUCCAGAUACACAUUAUAAGUCAGAUCACAAGCCGUUUAAGCCUUUCGGCCAAACAAGCCUAGGCACACUUAGAGAUUUACCGUUGUGGCAGCAGGGGUGUGGUCAAGCAUCUCUCCAGAGAGAGAGAAAGCGGUAAGGUCGCUUACACCUGAGCUAAAUUAUGUCUAACACCUGUCUCUAAUUUCAGUGAGCACGGGGAGAGUGGCAUAAAUAGAGCCACGCCGCAAGUAGAAGAGAGAGAGCCUGGGCACCACAGACCCGAAUAAGAAGCAAAGAGUUUUAUUAUUACAAAUGAUGAGAGUUUAUUUUGUGAAGCGGUGUGUGAUUAUAUAUUAACUUACUGAAUAACGCAAAGAUUCUGAGACUGCAAUUCUGCUGCAGAGAGAGAAAAUAAAACCUUACCUGAACCAGGAAAGCUGCUUCUCGCCUCAUCUUUACACUGGUGCUGAAACCCGGGAAUUGAAGUUCGGGUGGAAGAUGGAUGGAUGUCGCCCCGUAGAGUCCUCCCAGUUGGCGCAGAUCCUCCAAGCCCUCAUUAGCCUACAUCAGAGCCACCAACAGACACUGCUUGAGCUCCGACAAGAUCAAGAUCACCGGUUUGUUGAGCUCCUGCACGCUCAAGCCGAGGACCGGCAGGCGAUCCAGAGCCUCCUCAGCCAUGAGGUGUCCUCAGCCGCGACCCCGGACACUCCCACACCAUUACCCCCGCCCGCAUUACAGAAAAUGGGGGCGGCGGACGACCCCGAGGCCUUCCUGGAUUUGUUUGAGCGGACCGCCGAGAUCUGGGGCUGGCCGCUCAGCCAAUGGGCGGCCCGACUGAUCCCACUAUUGUCCGGGGAAGCCCAGCUCGCGGCUCAACAACUGCCAGCGACGAGCCUCCUGGCCUACGGAGAUUUAAAGAGAGCCAUCUUGCAACGGGUUGGUCGCACUCCGGAGGAAAGUCGUCAACUCUUCCGGAGCUUGAAGUUGGAGAGCUCCGACCGCACGUUUGCCUUCGUCCGGCGGCUCCGUGACGCCUGCCGAAGAUGGCUGCUAGCGGGGGACUGCGACGUCGAUGGAAUUAUCGACCAGGUGGUACUGGAGCAAUUCACACAUCGACUGCCAAAAGGGACGGCGGAGUGGGUCCAGUGCCACCGCCCGGCAUCGUUGGAGGAAGCUGUCUACAUUUUCUCUCCUCCCUCUGUCUCUUCCCCCUCCCCUCUCUCCUCUCGUUCUGCUCUCUCUCCAGGUCCCGUUCCUGCCCCACGCAGACGAGGAGGACUUCAGCCCCUGAGACCAGUUCCUGGGUGUGGGAGGCAACACCUUCCCCUACUCCAAUGCCCCGCCGCUCUCCCCCCACAGACUGCCCCCGACCGGGCCAGAGCAUACCGGAUACCGACAGAUGCUUCAGACAGGGGGCUGGGGGCCGUACUCUCGCAGGUGGUGGAGGGGGAGGAGCGCCCGGUGUUAUACAUUAGCCAUAAGCUCUCCUUGAGGGAAACUAAGUACAGCACCGUAGAAAAGGAGUGUCUCGCCAUCAAGUGGGCGGUUCUCACUCUCCGAUACUACCUGUUGGGGCGGGCCUUCACCCUCUGUUCCGAUCACGCCCCACUCCAGUGGCUCCACCGCAUGAAAGAUACCAAUGCCCGGAUCACCCGUUGGUACCUGGCUCUUCAGCCGUUUAAGUUCAAGGUGGUCCACAGACCGGGGGCGCAGAUGGCUGUCGCCGACUUCCUUUCCAGGAAUGGGGUGGGAGUGGUAAGCAAGCUGGAUGCCACUCCGGCCUGAGUCGGGCGGUGGGGAUAUGUGGCAGCGGGGGCAUGGUCAAGCAUCUCUCCGGAGAGAGAGAAAGCGGUAAGGGCGCUUACACCUGAGCUAAAUUAUGUCUAACACCUGUCUCUAAUUUCAGUGAGCACGGGGAGAGCGGCAUAAAUAGAGCCACACCGCAAGCAGAAGAGAGAGAGCCUGGGCACCACAGACCCGAAUAAGAAGCAAAGAGUUUUAUUAUUACAAAUGAUGAAAGUUUAUUUUGUGAAGCGGUGUGUGAUUAUAUAUUAACUUACUGAAUAACGCAAAGACUUUGAUACUGCAAUUCUGCUGCAGAGAGAGAAAAUAAAAC